CCCGCCUCGAGAAUCCCUCCUUCAUAGCAAGUAUGAAUGCACUGCGAAAAGCUGGCUACGUAGUGCAGGCAGCCUGCCUCAUUCACCUCUUCCACCAGAAUGUUGGUGAAUUAACCUAUUGCAUGGGUCCGUCAAUGCUACCGACAUUCAAUAUGGACGGAGAUAUCGUUGCCAUAGAGCACUUGUCAAAACGAUACAAGCGACUGUCCGUAGGAGACGUCGUCGUGUGCAUAUCUCCAGUCAAUCCAGGUCGAGCGGUAUGCAAACGCAUAUUGGGCAUGGAAGGAGACCAUGUGUGCGAAGAUCCCACAUUGAGAGAGAUUGAGAGAAAAUACAUUGACGUGCCCGAAGGCCAUGUCUGGUUAAGCGGUGACAACCUUAGCAAUUCGAAUGACUCUAGAACGUAUGGCCCGGUACCAUACGGUUUAAUACGAGGUCGCGUGUUUGCAAGAGUGUGGCCAGACCCUGGAUGGAUUGCCAACAAUUUCUUGCCAUAUACUAGUUACCCAUGAUGAUAUCAUUUAUGUAAGCUUUUCAGGUGUCGAGACAGAAAAAAAAAGGAUUUUAUAGGCGUUGGUAAAAUAAUAGAGAAAAGAAAAGACUAAUAAUAUAAUGAUGAAUAAGAUAUGCAUUGUCACCAAGGAAAAGAAAAAGUGGUGGGGUACGAAUACAAACUGAGUAGGGGAAGAAACACAGAAAUUCAAAAAGGAGGCGAUUUUUGGGAGAAGUAAUA